ACACCUACAACCCAAAAGGACGCAGACGUGUAUUUGAGCUUGGAAUCUAUAUGUACAAUCUUAUGGAAUAAUUGUAUCACUAUACAGGUGCAGUGUGUAGCCAUGGCUGCAUGGGUGGGGGCGACCACAAGGGAAAUGGGCCAAUCGCUCAUCAACCCAGACAAACCUUCAGUUUCAGCCUCUGCACUCCCUGGAGACACUGGGAAGCCAGCGUUGCGCCCAAAACCGCACCUCAUGCCUAAACCAUUUGCCCUGCAAAGAAACUCCACCGUCCGCCCAAUCCGGGCCCCAAAAACCAACUUUAGCAGAGAGCUCCAUCGAGCCGCCUCUUCUGAAGCACUUUUGGAUAUCAAAAAAGCUGGUGCUGGUGGUCCAAAUCUAUCAGAAUCCCAAAAAUCAGGCUCAAAUGGCACAGUAAAUGGGUCUAAUCAAAUUGCAGCUCCUAAACCCGUCCCACUCGGCCCAAAACCUGACUUAUUGGCUAAACCUAAACCAGAACCCACUAAGAGUCCUGGUUCUAAUAACCAAACUGGUCCAAACUCAAAGCCUGCUGUGACCGCUGAAGAUGUGAAGGAUGUUCAGCCCAGGAGCAGAGCAAAAUCUUUGGGUUCUCUGGAUCAAAAGAUUCUCAACCAGAAGGACCAAGGAGAAGCAGCCAAGACUGAAGCAGACGUCAAAGUGUCUUCACGAUGCUGGCCGCCUCGAAAUCGUCUCUCCGUUGAGCUGACCUCCAAGUUCGAGUCACCAUCUCAACCUGAGAAGGAGGUGAGGAGAGAUGCUGAAACCAGCAAGAUGGAGAAAGAGUGGCCACCACAUUCUCCUUCUGAGUCCAAGCCUUCGAAGCUUCCGGUGGAUACAGGAGAGAUGGGAGACGAGGACGUCAGCGGAGGCAGCAUUAAGAGACGGAUCAGCCUUCUCUUCGAUCGAUCUACAGCAGCUCAGCGCAGGGACACUUCUGACAAAAGAGACAAUACAGCUUCUGAAAUCUCUGUUGAUCCUUCAGCAGAUUCAUUCAUAAAAGUUCCACCAUCUGAGAAGACACCAAAUGAGAGAUCAUCUGAAAAACCUGCAGCGACAGAAAAGGUGCCUGUUGACAAACCACCAAGUAUGGCAGAAAUCAAGAACUCUGCUGCUAGUGUGGAGAAUGUAGAAGAAGAGGAAGACCAUGAAGAUGAAGAGGAGGACUAUGUCCUUGUUCCUGUUUACCGAAGGCUUGGGACGAGCCUAGAUGUGGAGACAAAGAGAAGGGAAGAAGAAGAAAAACAGAGAAAAGAUGAGCAGUUAGAGAAAGAAAGACAACAGCGGGAAAGGGAAAGACUUUUGGAGGAGGAGAGGAAGGCAAGAGAAAUAGAGAGACAGAAAGAGGAGCAACGCAAACGUGCUGAAGAAGAGAGAAAACAGGAAGAGGAAAAGCAAAGACAGAUGGAAGAAAAGAGAAAACUAAAGAAAGAAAAAGAGAUGGAAGAAGAGAGGAGAAGAACUCAAGAGAUUGAAAGACAGAAAGAGGAGAAAAGAUUGAGAAAAGAACGAGAAUUAGAGAGACUAAAGAAAGAAAAAGAGAUGGAAGAAGAGAGAAGAAGAACUCAAGAGAUUGAAAGACUGAAAGAAGAAGAAAAACGAAGACAGGAACGAGAACAUGAGAUGGAGAUGGAAACGUGUGAAGCAGCAGAGAGAUUACGAGAGGAAGUUCCUACGAGUUAUGAUUUAAUAUCGUUUGAUGCGUCACAGACUCUGGUCUCCACCGUCCAGCCCGCUGACGUCUCGCCUCGACUCACACAAGUGACUUACGAUGACUUUUCAGUGAAACCCCGAAGAUGGGGAACUAGGGCGAGACGUUCCUCGACUCUGUCUCCAUCCAGAGAAACUCCUGCUGCUCCUGACCACAAUCUACAGCCAGAAUCAAAGUCCAGUCAUCCUGGACCCCAAGAACCAAGCGGAGAUCAGGUGUCUGUGCAUGAUCUGAUUGGAUUUGAAUCUGAAGCUUCCAGCCCACACAACUCUACAGAAAGCAGAAAGCACACAUAUUUAUUUAAAGCGGAAACUGAGUCCAAACCAGGGGAUCUGCUGGAGCCAGAAACAGAUGAGGGUCAGUUGAAGGACGGUGAACCCGAGGAGGAUGGCGUUGCAGAGCAGGACACAGAGAAUCUCAUCGGGGAAACCGACGAACAAACUGAAAACAACGACACUGUUGAUGACGUUGUGGAGCUACUAACUAAAACUAGCAAUGCUACUGACUUUUCAGUGUCUGUCGCUUUUCCAGCAACAAGUCAUUUUCAUUUCCCUCUGUGUCAGUCUGCAGCUCCUCUGUUGGACUCCAGCGUUUUCCGUUCGAAGGUUGAUCUGGGAAAGAAACGGAGCAUAAAGCGCAGCAGACCGUCUCGUGCCGUCCGACAGAGAGCCGUUCUGCCCGCUCUGACAGAGGGAACGCAACCCGACUGGAGGUUCUGCGACUCCACAGAUGCGAAAGAUCAGUGUUCCAAUGGAGCGGACUCUGAAUCAGAAGAGGAACCGUCCCGGGACGUCACGUCCUCUCCAGCCCCAAACCAGCCCAAGAGAGUCCCUGUGUUUCCUGGGAUGGACCCUUCUGCCCUCAUGGCCCAGCUAAAGCGGAGAAGUGCAGUGAUAGAAACAGAAAGUCCAACAGAAGCAGUCCCCUCACGCUCUCCCCGCACACCCACCAUGGCCCUCGGCCCCAGAGUGCUGCCCCCUGUUGACGCCAAGGACAGUGGGUCCGGCUCUUCACCCUCCUGGCUGCUUGAGCUCAAAUCCAAGAAGCGAAUGAGUCAACCUGAGAGUGAAGCGUGAAGCUCAGGUCUGAUGCGGUUUGUUGAGAGGAAGUCCUCUGCCACAAAGAUGCCAAAGGAACUGACUUACAUGAAUGAUCUUUCAUUCUCAUACUGACUGAGCAUCAGACUAUUUCGAGGACGAGUCCUGGACUGAACUGUUUGGAGGCUUUGCCAAGAUGACGUCCUGUUAUGCACAUUUUUAUUUUUACAUGAAAGUCUGUCCUAAUUGUUUGGCAGCAUUAUAGACGGCGUGCUUGAAAAGCAAGUGCUGUUCACUGUCAGUCUGGAACCAAGUUAAUUUUACAGUUAUUUAAUUUUGUUUACAUUUAUUAAUCCAACAGAUCUUUUUUAUCCAAAGUGAGGUUGGUUUAUCCAUCGAGUUCCUCCAGUUCAAUCAGUAUAGCUUCAUGCUACAAUGCACUUUAAAUAAGUUGGAUCACUGGAAAAGGUGCCUUAGGGCUCUUGGGCAUUUUAUUGCAUUUUAAAUCAGAAUUUAAAUAUUGUGUUUCUAAAACUUCUAAGUCUGAUCUUAAGAUGUUCAUUGCUAUAUGAAACUACUUUUUCUUUCUCUAAAUGGUUUUCGUUCUGUUUACAACAUGUGCCAUUCCAGCUUAUAAACAUCAUUUGAUUUUGUUCACUUCUUUUCUUUUCUUUUUAAUCUUUUAUUUUCUACUAUAUUUUUUUCUUGAAUUAAAGCUCUAGUGAGCAGAAAAGCAUCAGCUGAUGUGCUUGGAUCGGGCUGAUUAUCAUUUACGAGGUUUUGUUUUAUUGCCAAUGCCUUUACAGUCCUGCCAAGAACACUUUUACAAACACAAAUCAGACUAAUAAUAAGUUGUGUUUAAUUGUGCUCUUUUGAAAUGUUUUUUCCCCCCCAGUCGUUUAUUUUUAGACUUCAGCUGUGUAAAUUGCUGCUUGAGGAAAAUGUUUACCUGUUUAAUGUUGGGAAACGGGAGUUGUGUUUUAUAAAAUAUGAAUGAUGAAUUACAAUCAUCUUGAUUAAAUAUUUUUUCUAAAUG